AUGGCUGAGGCUGUCAGAAUAUCCGCGCGAAGUAAUCAUGGCUGUUGGACAUGUCGUCUCCGCAAAAAGAAAUGCGAUGAGAAUAUCCCUGUGUGUUCUGCGUGUGUUUCUCUCGAAUUGGAGUGUCAUGGGUACGGCCCGAGGCCUGAAUGGAUGGAUAACGGCGUACUUCAAAGAGACCAGGCUUUCAAAUUCAAACGCCUUGUUGGCCAGGCCAAGUCAAAAAGAGGAAAGCGACAGCAACUCCUCCCCAAUCAGUCACGUGCAUUGGUUUCAACGAUUGACAUGAGACCUUCAAGUUCAUCCACCAAAAAUACAUCCUCGCCACCGGCUGGUUCGCAAAGUUUAUUCGGUGAGAACCUCGGGGCUUUCCCUCAAGACCAGUUAGAUUAUCAAGAAAGUGGAGUAGGCUUGAUUAACUCCCUUGACACACUAUGGUCCUUUUGGCCCCCAAACGACCUUUCUAUCAUGGAUGAUACUUCGUUGGACUUAGAAGGCUACAUCUCUCCUUAUAAUAAUUGUCAGAAUCAACACUCGUCACAACAGUUAGUGUCACCCAUAUCUUUCGAGAGUAUCGUUCCAGGAAAGGAUAUUCAAUCUCCAAUCGCUCAGAGUAUCCGCUCUACGUCGAACGAAUUACAACUUGAAGAUAGCGCGUCUCGAGACCAUCAAUAUCAUUUCCAGAAAACAGCUCCAGGUACUAAUUACGACCCCGUGGGAUUAUCUUCUCAGAUUUCAAACCCGAGUGGAGAUACAGAGGAUGCAUUGUUUAUGUACUACUUGGACGAAGUCUUUUACAUCCAGUAUCCCUUUUUUCAUUGCCAAAGGAAACAAGGAAGAGGUUGGCUUUUUGCGAUCCUCCGAAGAGUCAAAUCAGUAUAUCAUGCAGCUUUAGCUCUGAGUGAACGCCAACGUCUUUCAAGCUCGCCAUCGCGAAAUAGUGACAUUGCUAGUAGCCUCAUCCAACUACGCAGCCCAAACAGUCACUACGAUAUAGCCAUUCGAAAGGUGCAGGCGAUGAUAAACUAUUCUAACACGUCGAAGGGGCGUGACCUUUUGCUCGAUAGCAUAGAGAUUCUCAUGUCUAUACUACAGCUUUUAUUCUUCGAGACUUUCAAUGGCGGAAGAGAGAAAUGGCAGACACAUCUGCGGACGGCAUCUGGCUCCCUUUCUACACUUCUACAGGCCCGGCUUCCGCCUUUGACGACGCCAGAAGACUCCAUGGUUCCACACAGUGAAAUUGAGAUGACCACUCUAUGUCCCGAAAUCGAAUGCGCAUUUAAGUUCGUGAUCGGAUCUUUCAUCGCAUUUGACAUCAUAUCUUCCGUUUCCACUCGAUCAAGUCUAAUCCUUAACAUAAAUCACUUACAAGUACUUGAGACAUUUGAAAUCUCCCUGGAAAGCCACACUGGAUGCCGAGACUCAGUAAUGGCUCUUAUUUUGGAAAUAUCCCUGUUGGAAAAAUGGAAGAAAGAAGCUCAAAGCGCCAACAAGCUGAGUUUUGUUGAUCUGGUAAAACGCGGUGACGGGAUACAGGGCCGUCUUCGACAGGAGCUAGCAGCCAUUGAGAUACAAACACAUUCAUGGGGAGUCGGAUUAGGAGGUUCAUCGCUAGCCACUUCAUCAGCCAUUGCUACUCCUAACACUCCAACACCUACGCAUCCGGAAAUCAGCAAAGUGUUUAUACUGUCAGCUAUAACGUACCUCCAUGUUGUCGUUUCAGGGCCUUAUCCAGAAGUGCCCGAAAUUGCAGAAAGCAUCUCGGAAACGGUACAUGCUUUCAAUAGUUUGAAGGAUCCGCAAUUAUUGCGAAGUUUGGUGUGGCCGUUCUGUAUUUCGGGAUGCUUGGCGCUGGAGACACAUUAUGGUUUCUUCCGGGGUCUUGUUUCUAGAGCAGGUAUCACCCAACAUGCUACUGGGGUAUGCUUCGAAGCCUUGCAAAUUAUGGAAGAAUGCUGGAAGACUAGGGUUACUUCUCCCGAGGGUUGUGACUGGGCUACAGCGAUGCAGCAACGUGGUUGCUAUGUUUUUCUGGGAUAA